AUGGAUUCGGUGGAAACGGCGCUCUCUCCCGUUCCGUCGACGCCGUUCUCGACCGCCCUCGUCUCCGGAGGACUCGCUGGGACAGCCGUCGACACGCUCUUCUUCCCGAUAGACACGCUCAAGACACGGGCGCAGUCCGAGCAGGGCUUCUUCCGGGCUGGCGGCUUCAGCGGCGUGUACCGCGGGCUGGGCAGCGCGGUCGUGGGCAGUGCGCCUGGAGCCAGUCUCUUCUUCACGAGUUACGAGCUGUCGAAGGAUGCCUUGCCCAAGUUCUUUCCUCGGUUAGGAACGACCGAACUCGCGCCCGUCCUGCACAUGAUCUCCGCUUCUCUGGGCGAAGUCGCGGCGUGUAUGGUUCGCGUGCCGACGGAGGUUGUCAAGCAGCGGAGUCAGACAGGGUCAAAGGGGACACGGAGCUGGGAUGUCGCGAAGACUGUAUGGCGGGGCGAAGGGCUACGAGGAUUCUACCGAGGUUUUGGAUCGACGGUCGCGCGAGAGAUCCCCUUUACCUGCCUCCAGUUCCCGCUCUACGAACGACUCAAACUCCUCGUCACGCAUCGCACCCUCGGUCCCUCCGCUUCCGUAUCUGACCUCCCCGCCUGGCAAGCUGCGGCAUGCGGGUCCAUCGCCGGUGGUGUCGCAGCGGGACUGACGACGCCGUUGGACGUGGCGAAAACGAGGAUCAUGUUGGCGAAUCAAACUUCCUCCGAGUUCCCCGCGGCACCCGCGCGACGCCCGCUCGCCCUGCUCCCGACGCUCCGGCGAAUCUACACGCACGAGGGCGCCUCCGCCCUCUUUGCCGGUGUCGUCCCGCGUGUGGUGUGGAUUAGCAUGGGCGGAGCGGUGUUUCUGGGUGUGUACGAGAAAGCAAAGGCGGUGUUGAGAGCGACGCGGACCGAACGACAGGAAGGGAGAGGGACUGACUGGAAGUAG